AUUUUCGUUUUCGAUCCGAACAAAAGGAUCUCCUCCAUACAUAAACUCAAACUCAGAUACAGUGAGAUCCAAACAACCACAAACCUAAUGGAAAUGGAGUCAUAUGACACACUAAACAGUGAUGGCCAACCACACACAUCAUUGGAUUUCCAUGACGACGUCGACGGCAACAUCCUCUCCUCUCAAUCCUACGACUCUCCUCCUGCUGCUGCUUCUUCCGACAGCGUGUCACACUUUGAUACCACACAUGAGGCUGAUUUUUUCGAGUCGGCUAAUGGUAACCAUCCAUUUGAAUCCACCGGUGUGAAUGAUCCGUUUGAGUCCGCCCAUGUCACUGCCAAUGACAGUGGUGUUGAUGCGGCUGGUCAUCAUGAUCAUGAUAAUAUUUUCGUUUCUGAUGAGCCCAUUUUGCCUCCCCCCGAGAUGAUGGCCGAGGAAGGCUUCGCUCUCCGCGAGUGGCGCCGUCAAAAUGCCAUUCAUCUUGAGGAAAAGGAGAAAAGAGAGAAAGAGAUGCGGAACCAAAUUAUUGAAGAGGCUGAAGAGUAUAAACGAGCUUUCUAUGAGAAAAGGAAGCUCAACAUGGAAACUAACAAGACUCGUAAUAGAGAAAGAGAGAAGCUCUACUUGUCGAACCAAGAAAAGUUUCACAAAGAAGCUGACCAACAUUACUGGAAAGCAAUAGCGGAGCUCAUCCCUAACGAGGUUCCUAAUAUUGAGAAGAAAAGAGGGAGGAAAGAUCCUGACAAGAAGCCUUCAAUCGUGGUCAUUCAGGGUCCAAAACCUGGGAAACCGACUGACCUUACUAGGAUGAGGCAAUCGUUUAUGAAGCUGAAACAUAAACCACCAUCUCAUAUGAUGCCUCCCCCGCCAAAAACUGCCAAAGAUGGCAAGGGUGCAAAGGACGGAAAAGAUGCAAAAAAUGCUAAGGAUGAAAAGGAUGCUAAGAACGAGAAAAAUAGUACACGAACUGAUCAAGCUAGGAAUGUGCCUGCUUCAUCACCCACUAAAGAUGCAGCUGCAGCAGGAAAAACACCCAGAUCACCUGCUAAAGAAGCUUCCCCUGACAACUAAUUCGGAGACUCGUGCAUUACUUGCGUGAAGAGGCUGCUUCUGAAUCCGUGAUCACUCUGUGAUGAGGCAUCAUAUUAUUUAGUUGCUAAUUUCUUUGCCGAAUUUUUGAAUCCUCUACUAAACCAGUCUGUAUGGAGAAUAAAAGCAGCUUGGGCUAUGAUGAGCUUUCUUCCUAACUUGCUCAAAGAUUUUGUAGGCGAAAUUCUUUUAUUUCUUACACUUAAUGUUUAUGUAUCUAAAUUUUUGUAGAAGUCUGCAUAUUCUCUGCACCGUUUGUUUUGUA